AUGGUCACUGUCAUGAGCACACUCACCUCUUGCUACGCAAGCCUUGGAGGGGACAGCAGCGCUGUGCAGGAGCGCCUGCAAGACGUGCAGCAAAUACAGGCCUCAGCGGGCGCUUUUGCGGCGGUUCUGGCAGAUGGCACUGUCGUAACUUGGGGCCACGCUACGAUGGGAGGUGACAGCAGCGCCGUGCGAGAGCAACUACGGCGCACCAGCCAGCCGCUGGCGCCUGAAGUGCUCGCCGCCUUCCGGGCCUCGCUCGUAGGGGUUUAA